AUGGACAUGCCAGUGAAUGUCCCAGUGGACAACCCUAAUGCCGACACCGAAUGGAACGACAUUCUCCGCGAGCGUGGGAUUAUACCACCAAGACCCUCCUCGCCUACCCCUAUCAUUCAAGAAGCUUUGCGCGAGGCACGGGAAAAGGCACAUGAAAACAGACUAGAGAACAAGGACCUCGAUGAAUUGGACGAGCUCGAAGAUGAAGAAGAUGAAUCGUUCCUAGAUCACUAUCGCCAACAGCGGCUAGCAGAACUUUCAAGCAUAUCAAGACAUAGCGUCUUCAAUCAGGUCUACCAUCUCCAGAAGCCUGACUACACCAAAGACGUCACUGAGGCCUCGAGCAAUGUGGUCGUGUUGGUACACCUCACAUCAUCACUGGGUACGAAUACAGAGUCUCGGAUCUUGACCGAAUUAUGGAGGGAGACAGCAAAAAAAUAUGGAGAGGUCAAAUUCUGUGAGAUGAAAGCGAACAUGUGUAUUGAGGGCUAUCCAGAACGGAAUACACCUACGAUUCUUGUCUAUAAAGAUGGGGAUAUCAAAAGGCAGAUAGUUACCCUAAAAGAAUUUAAGGGCAAAAGUACCUCAUUGAAAGACCUGGAGGCCUUGUUAGUAGACGUUGGCGCUAUCAAGUCUACCGACUCUCGAAUCAUCCGCCCUAACGAGGUCGAACAGGAUACUGAGGAUCGACCUGUCCGAUCUGGUAAAGUCUUCAGCACGGACGCUGGUGGCACUGCCCAUGAUGAUGACUGGGACUGA